AAAGUUGAAGUUGUCAAUCACAAUCGAGCGAAGCGUGCCCACAAUCCUCGGAGUAGAGAGUCUCGCGAAUUUCUGAUAUGGUAUUUUAAAUUACCGCAAAUUCUAUACGAAAGUGUGAUACAACUUGUUUUGCUUCCUUUACUGAUCGGCACUGAUAGGACAAUUGAAGAAAUAUCGAUGAAUUUCGAUAUGUCCAAAAUUUUGUUAACAAUACGUACGUAGAGGUUAUGUAUGUCGUGUUUGCUGACAGCUGAUACGCAGUAAUUCGCCCCUGGAAGCAAUUUUGUGGUAGUUUAAAACUCGCUUUCCAAAAUAAAAUUGGCUCUACAACUUGAGUACUUGAAGCUGCAAUUGUAUGUGCAGUCGUGCCAUCUUCAAUAGCGUACUUCAUCGGUCAAAUUCUUACAGAACGGCAAUAGUGGCAGCUUCUACAGCAGUUUCCAAUAGGACGCCACCAGCCGCAAUGAAGUACAUACUGGUAACCGGAGGCGUAAUCAGUGGCGUCGGGAAGGGUGUCAUUGCCAGCUCGUUCGGGACACUGCUUCACUCAUGCGGAAUCGGCGUAACGUCGAUCAAGAUCGACCCUUACAUCAACAUCGACGCGGGAACAUUUUCCCCCUACGAGCAUGGCGAAGUCUACGUGCUCGACGAUGGCGGUGAAGUGGAUCUUGAUCUUGGAAACUAUGAGCGUUUCCUCGAUAUCACACUGCAUCGAGACAACAACAUUACAACGGGAAAAAUCUACAAAAUGGUAAUCGAGAAGGAACGUAUCGGGGACUACUUGGGCAAAACCGUGCAAGUCGUGCCCCACAUCACCGAUGCGAUCCAGGAGUGGGUUGAGCGUGUGGCUCUGAGACCUGUCAAGGACAACAUUACUCCGGAGGUGUGCGUGGUCGAGUUGGGUGGCACAAUCGGAGAUAUCGAGGGUAUGCCUUUCGUGGAGGCAUUCCGGCAGUUUCAAUUUCGUGUGAAACGAGAAAACUUUUGUGUUGCCCAUGUCUCGUUGGUUCCGUCGCCAAGGGCCACCGGUGAACCUAAAACCAAGCCAACUCAGGCCAGUGUCCGCGAGUUACGCGGGCUGGGAUUGAGUCCGGAUUUGAUAGUGUGCCGUUCGGAGAAACCCAUCGGCAAUGAGGUGAAGGACAAGAUAAGCAACUUCUGUCACGUUGCCCCCGAGCAGGUGGUUUGUAUUCACGAUUUAUCCUCAAUCUAUCACGUGCCGCUGCUGAUGGAAGAAGCAGGCGUUAUCGAGUUCCUGAACGAGAGGCUGCAGCUGAAGUUGCCCCUUCCACGGCCGGUGCGGUUUAUGCACAGCUGGAGGGAUCUGGCAGAACGAGUGGACAAUGUGUACAAAAAAGUUAAUAUCGCUUUGGUAGGAAAAUAUACCAAAUUAGAGGAUUCAUACGCAUCGGUGUCAAAAUCACUUCUACAUGCUUCGCUGGCGGUUGGUUAUAAGUUGAAUCUAAAGUUUAUUGAGGCUUGUCAUCUGGAGAGACAAACCAAACAGGAUACUCCACAUUUGUACUACGAAGCCUGGCAGAGUCUCACCAACAGCAAUGGUGUAAUUGUGCCGGGUGGAUUUGGCUCUCGAGGUAUAGAAGGAAAAAUUCGUGCUUGCCAGUGGAGCCGUGAAAAUAAAAAGCCCUUCCUGGGAAUCUGCCUUGGUCUGCAGGCAGCAGUCAUAGAGUUUGCCAGGAAUGUGUUAAAUUUAACGGAUGCAAAUUCCACUGAAGUAAACCCAAAUACGGAGCAUCCGCUGGUGAUAGAUAUGCCCGAACACCAUCCCGGACAGAUGGGCGGAACAAUGCGAUUGGGCAAACGCACAACUCUUUUUAAGGAUGGAAAAAGUAUAGUUAAACAACUUUAUGGAAAUAAAAGUAAAAUCGAGGAAAGACAUCGACAUCGGUACGAGGUGAAUCCCCUUUACACAGAACGCUUGGAAGAAAAUGGACUCAAAUUCGUUGGAUACGAUUCGGAGAAGACCCGCAUGGAAAUCAUCGAGCUGGAAAAUCAUCCUUACUAUGUCGCAACCCAAUUCCAUCCCGAGUAUCUUUCGAGACCGCUCAAGCCCUCCCCGGUGUUCCUCGGGCUGAUUCUAGCUUCGGUGGGUAAGCUGGACUUCUAUCUAACCCAUGACAAUAAGCUAUCCAACUCCUCGUCCUCCUACGUUACGAGCGAAAGCUCUAGCGAUGAUGACACAAUGUUGUCGAAUAAUCGUUUGUUGGAAAAUUUAGCGUUGAAUAAUCGAGAGUCGCCAAACGGUAAAACUAGCAGCAGCGUGAAAUGCAACGGAACGCAUAUAGCCGAAUGCAACGGAGAACACGAGGAGAAGUAAAGUUGUGAUAAGAUAUUUAGGUGCAAAAGUAACAAUUUUGAAGAUUUCUUAGUUUUUUAAUAAGAUUAAACGUUAAAAUGUUCAAGCUAAAAGUGGAACGAGAUGAAAUCUCAAUAGAGCUUUCGUGAAGACAAAAAUCUGGUCUGGUCUUAUAAACUCCUUUUAGCAGACCAGUUUUAUCAGACGAUGUGGUGGAUUUUGUACACGUUUGUUGUACCCAAGCCGAAACGAAAUAUAUGUAGCUUCGUCUUCCUCCCGUUUUUCAGACUUCUAAAAUCUAAUUUAUUCGGUAGUAAGAUAAAUAAAAGAAAGCCGCUGAUAAUAAAACUCAA